CUUGAUCACGGACUAACCAAGAUCAGAUAAGAGACGCUUUCGAAAAGGUAUCAGGACAGCCAUGGAUACAAAUGCAUCCAUCCAUCAAAUCAACAACACAGAGGAGUCCUCCUCCAACUACAAUGAAAAUCUCAGAUAUUCUCUACACAUCUUGUCUCUCUGUGUUUUCGGCGUGGCCUGUGUGCUUGGGGUGUUGGGAAACGGACUGGUUAUCUGGGUGGCCGGCUUCAGCAUGAAAAAAAAUGUUAACACGGUUUGGUUUCUCAACCUGGCUGUGGCUGACUUCCUCUUUACGGCCUUCCUUCCCCUGAGCAUCACAUACCAGGCUUUGAACUUCCACUGGCCAUUUGGAAAGUUAAUGUGCAAGUUGAACAGCACAGUGAAUUUCCUAAAUCUGUACGCCAGCGUCUACACCCUGGUGGUGAUCAGUGUGGACAGGUUGGUGUCCGUAGUGUGGCCGAUCUGGGCUCAGAAUCAUAGGAACGUGAGGAAGGCUUUCUAUACGAGUCUGUGUGUCUGGGCAUUGGCUUUGUCUCUCAGCCUUCCUGCCUUUGUCUUUAGAGAUACUGAAAGCUACAAUGAGAUUACCAUCUGCUACAACAAUUAUGCUUUCUCCAAUAAUUAUACCAAUCCAGCUGUGAUUCAAUUGCAACUUUUUCGCCAUCGAUCUAUGACCAUUACCCGUGUGCUCCUGGGCUUCAUCAUCCCCUUCGGUGUUAUGCUUUCCUGUUAUUCCAUCAUAAUCCACCGCCUGAGGAAUAGCCCCACACUGGCCAAACGAUCAGGCCGCCCUUUUAGGGUAAUUGCUGCCAUCAUCAUCACGUUUUUCCUGUGCUGGGCUCCCUUUCACAUCAUGACGAUAGUUGAGCUGAAAAGAUUUGAUCCAAACAGCCAAAGCGAAACACUGGCCCAUGUCAUCAGUGUUGGGAUACCGCUUGCCACGUGUCUGGCCUACCUUAACAGCUGCCUGAACCCGGUGCUGUACAUAUUCAUUGGCCAGGAUUUCAAGGAUAAAAUCUCCAAAUCCAUCCUGAAGGUGUUGGAGACUGUAUUUCAGGAAGAUGAGACCAACACUUACACAAAAUCUACCAGCAACAGUGAAAACAAGAGAUUUGACCACAAUACUGAAUUGUAGGAAUAGCACUGAAUUUUCUAACCAGCUCAAAGGAUUGGACAACUAUUACAAAAUCCCUAUUUUAUUCCAUUAUAAUUGGCUCUGAUUAUAAAAAAAAAAAAAUUAAAUUGAGGUGAUGUAUACAAAUGACUAUUUCAGAGAAGGACAAAAUCAAAUAAACAUUUCUCAUGACUGAUAUUUUCUAAGUUUGACAUGUGCACUUGCAUUAUGCUAUUUCCUGUAGACCAAGCUCUUAAUUUUACCAUCAAAUAAAUAUUUUUCAUGUAUAUAUUUCUUGUAUUUCAUAUAUUCAUUGUAAAUGCCAAAGAAUUUUUUAUUUUUUUUUUUACAAUAUUUGAGAGUCAGCUUAUUCCUGAAAGAAAGUAAGAAGGAAAGAAAGAAUGAUGGACUUAUUAAAGUGACAAAACACUGUGUGGACAUAUCUUGCAUUUACUGAUGUGUGUGAUGUAACUCCUCAGUAAUGACCGGCAUCUUUCAGAAUUUGUGUCUGGCUGGAAGGUUAUGUUGAAAACACCAGGGUUCUGAAACUGUUAACCGAAAAAGCUUAAUCUAUGUUCAAAUUUUACCAUCAGAUAAUUGAAGGUUAAAAAUGCCACUUUAUUUUUAGGUGUAAAGGUUUUAGGUGUAAAAAUAUGAGGGAAAUUUUAGAAAAAAAAAUCUGCAAUUGUUAAGAUGCAUGUCAGAAAUAGCAAGAUUUUUCUCUUUUUUUUUUUGGUUAAGUUUGUCAGUUUUAUUAUUCUCAUUGAGUCUGUUUUGUUUGCAAGAUUUUACUUGUUAUUUUUCUUUGUUUGAUAAUUACAUAAAAAUAA